AUGUUUGGCGGCUCAUCCGGCUCCUCGCCAAAAGCAGAGAGCAAUCCCAACACCACCGCAUCCUCCAACCCCAAGACGGACAAUAAGUCCCCCUCGCCCUCGCCUGAAUCCCCUGGAGGGGCUGCCGAGAACGGCUCCGGCGGCGCUUCUCCUAUCCCGACCAAGAACACCGAGCAGGUCACGACCGGAGAGAAGCGCAGCGGCAAUGGCAGCCCCCCAAGCACCUCCGCCACACCUAAGAGGAGGAGCAGUGGUGUAAGCGGAAAGGCCAGCAGCCUCAUUGCGAGCGCCAAAAACACUCUCAAUUUCGCCCAGGGGAGCGGUAGGUCCGGCAGCGACGCGGGUUCCACAGCUCAGACGCCCAUCCAGAAGCUGGGCAAGGAUGAUCCGUCUCUUGUCGUCCCCCAGGGCCAACACAACAACGCUGCCGGCGAGUCACUCCCAGGGCCCAGGUCUACAUUUCGCGUCGGCGUUUGGGAAGAUAGGAAUAAGAAAUGCCGAAGGACCAUGGAAGACACCCACGCAUUCCUCUACAACUUCCUCCACACCCCCGCGCCUGCUCUUGCUCCCGAGACGGGUAGUGCCAAGUCUCAAGCCUCCUCCGACGAGACCAACUCGCAGGCCCGUGGCGAGGGCAUGAUCGAGACGGACAACGGCUACUUCGCCAUUUUCGAUGGCCACGCUGGCACAUUCGCCGCGGACUGGUGCGGGAAGAAGCUACACAUCAUACUAGAAGACGUCAUCAAAAAGAACCCGAACGUGCCUGUACCGGAACUGCUGGAUCAGACCUUUACGACCGUGGACACCCAGCUCGAGAAGCUACCACUUAAGAACAGCGGCUGCACAGCAGCUGUCGCGGUGAUGCGUUGGGAGGAUAGGGUGCCGAGCAACUCUUCUCAGACCGGGUCCCAGUCGAUCGCACCGGCGUUGGCCAAGGCGGCAGAGAAACCCUCUGAAGGGGCCGACGCGAAGCCUGAAGCCAAACAGAACCCAGAGGCCGAGCAUGCCAAACUGAAGGGCAUCGCUUCCAGACAACGCGUCCUGUACACUGCCAACGUUGGCGACGCGCGGAUCAUCCUUUGCCGUUCUGGCAAGGCCCUGCGUCUGUCGUACGACCACAAGGGUAGCGAUGAGAACGAGGGAAAGCGCAUCUCCAACGCCGGUGGCCUGAUCCUUAACAGCCGGGUCAACGGCGUUCUGGCCGUAACUCGGGCGCUUGGCGAUUCAUACAUGAAGGAUCUGGUCACCGGACACCCAUAUACCACCGAGACAGUGAUCCAACCCGACAUCGACGAGUUUAUCAUAAUUGCGUGCGACGGUCUCUGGGAUGUCUGCUCUGACCAGGAAGCUUGUGAUCUUGUCCGAAAUGUCCAAGACGCGACAACAGCUGCGAAGCUGCUGGUGGACCACGCACUAGCUCGCUUCAGUACGGACAACUUGUCGUGCAUGAUCGUUCGGUUCGACAAAGACGCACUUGUGGAGAGCCAGGCAAAUAGGGCCAGUCGCCUUGGCGUCGAAGGAGAUCGCGUACCUUCGGGCAGCAAGAUCAGUGAGACGGAAAAGAUCGUCAGCGCCGCGAAAAAGCAGAUUGCAGAUGGUGGCCCUGCUGUGGGCGUGUCUGCGAGCAACAGCGGCAGAGGUCACGACCCCAUACCCGCGUUGGAUGACGAGAGUGGAGAAUCCUUUACGCCGACAGCGAUUGAGGGCUCAGUAGAGGAGGAGCCGGCGCAGAUGGAUGGUGAGGUUCCAGACCCUGCGUCAGGCAAGCCAGUAGACUCCAAAGAGGUCAACUCGGCCGCGGUGUCGAAAUAG